AUGGACCACCCAACCAUCCGCCGCAGCAGCAGCAGCUCCGCCCUCCACACGGCGGAGCCCUGGCCGAUCACCCCUUUCAACCGCCUCUUCGCGCCAAUCUACCUCCUCGCCGUCCUAGCCCUCCUCUACCGCCACGUCACAAACCUCCUCCUCCUCCUUCCCGCCACGUCAUCACCCUCCUCUUUCAUAACAACCCUCGCCCUGCUCAUCGCCGAUGUCGUCCUCGCCUUCAUGUGGGCCACCACGCAGGUCUUCCGGAUGAACCCGAUACGGCGCCGUGAGAUGGUCGAGAACUUAAACGACGUCGUCGGCGGGGAGAGGAGCGAGCUGCUGCCGGGGCUCGACGUGUUCAUAUGCACGGCGGAUCCGCACAAGGAGCCGCCCAUGGGGGUGGUCAACACGGCGCUGUCGGUGCUGGCCUAUGAUUAUCCUAGGGACAGGCUGGCGGUCUACGUGUCGGACGACGGCGGGUCGGCGUUGACCCUGUUUGCCUUCGUGGAGGCGGCGAAGUUUGCGAGGCGGUGGCUGCCGUUCUGCGAGAGGAAUGGAGUCGUGGAGAGGAACCCGGUGGCUUAUUUCGAGUUGGCCAGCGGAGCCCACCCUGUCUCCGGUGAGGUCGAGGAACUUAAGAACAUGUACGAGAGCAUGAAGCACAAGGUGGAGCAUGUGGUCGAGACAGGAAAAGUGGACGAUCAGUACAUCGACGGACCCAAAGAACAGGAAGCUUUCGGCAAAUGGACCCAUCAUUUCACUAAGCAGAACCAUCCCACUUUCAUUCAGAUCCUGCUAGACAGCAACAGAGACAAGGAUGUGGACGGCCACGUACUUCCCAAUCUCAUUUACGUCUCUAGGGAGAAAAGCACCACUUCUCCCCAUCACUUCAAAGCUGGCGCCCUCAACGUCUUGCUACGCGUGUCAGCCGCGAUGACGAACCAACCAAUCGUGCUGACGUUGGACUGCGACAUGUACUCCAACGACCCCGGAACAGCGCGUCGCGCCAUGUGCUACUUCUGCGACCCGAACCUCGGCCCUGAAAGCUCGGCGUAUCUUCAGUUCCCGCAGAAGUAUCGAGGGAUCAACAAGAAUGAUAUUUACGCUGGUGAAUACCAGCGUCUGUUUCAGAUUCAGGCCAUGGGUUUUGAUGGUCUACGUGGGCCGAACCACGUGGGUACCGGGUGUUUCUUUCGGCGGCGGGCUUUCUUUGGGCCGCCAUCGAGUCCGGUGAAGCCCGAGCUAGCCGAAUUGGGACAUGACCACGUUGUGAAGGGUGAGUCGAUUGGAUCUGAUUCGCUGUUGGAGUUGGCACAUAAGGUCGCGGGGUGUAACUACGAGAAUCAAACCGAUUGGGGUUCCAAGAUCGGGUAUAGGUACGGUUCGUUGGUGGAGGACUACUACACAGGGUACCGUCUACAUUGUGAAGGGUGGAAGUCGGUGUUCUGUUGCCCAAAGAGAGCAGCGUUUAUGGGAGAUGCCCCGAUCUCGUUGGUGGAUAUGUUGAAUCAGCAGAAGAGAUGGGAUAUUGGGCUGCUGGAGGUUGCGUUUUCCAAAUUCAGCACCCUCACCUACGGCGUCAAGUCGUCGGCUGGAUUUCUUAUGGGUUUUGGGUAUUGUCAGUUCGCGUUUUGGCCGAGCUGGUCCAUCCCUCUCAUGGUUUACUCUUUCCUUCCCCAGCUCGCACUUCUCAAUCAAGUCCACAUCUUCCCAAAGGCAACAGAAGCGUGGUUUUGGCUGUACCCUUUCCUCUUCCUAGGAGCCUACGUACAAGACAUGCUCGAUUUCACCAUCGUCGGCGGGACCCUCCAAAGAUGGUGGAGCGACCAAAGAAUCUGGCUCCUACGUGGGCUGACGUGUCACCUGUUCGGUUCCAUCGAGUACUUCCUCAAGUUCCUCGGAAUCGCCGCCACUUUCAACGUGACGAGCAAAGUGAUCGACGAGGAACAGAGCAAGAGGUACGACCAGGGCAUCUUCGAGUUCGGAGUCCACUCGCCGAUGUUCGUUCCCCCCACGGUGGCCGCGCUGAUCAGCUUGCUGGCGCUGGUCCAGGGCCUCGCCGUGCUGGCGAUUCGCGGCGGUGGUUUGGCAGACGCGCCGCUGCUGCAGCUGCUCGUGGCGGGUUUCGGGGUGGUGAACGGCUGGCCGAUCUAUGAAGCUGUGGCUUUGCGGAGUGAUAAUGGGAGAAUGCCGGUGAAGACCGUUGUUGUCUCCGUGGCUCUGGCUUGGGCUUGUUACGUGGCUGCCUCUAAUUUUGUGUUCAAGUGA